AACCCCAUUUGUUCCCUGAACUCCAGAUCCCAAUACCCAUAUGGAAAUAAAGCAGCAGAAGAUAUCCAUUUCCUUCUACGCAGCACCAGUCCGGCCGCUCAAACCGCCGUGCUCGGUAACCGGUCCGGCCGCCGGCCCAAUGGCCCACAGGUUCGACCGCCGGGCGAUGCUCCUCGCUUACGCACAGCAGCUCCGGCGAACCCCCGGUGAUCAAUUUGGCGCGCUCCCCGAUUGGAACAAGUGGAAGAUCGCAUUCGCCGCUCAUCAUGGGAUGAGAAGGAGAUCUCGAUGGGGGUUUAAGGUGGUCGGAGGGAGGCCGCGGCGGUGGCGGAAAAUGAAUUAUGAGCGUCUUGAGGCGGCGGCCGGCAAUUGCAGCGGCGGCGGCGGCGGAGGAAAGGAGGGUCGGCGAUGGCGCACCGAUCGAGUCUGUAGACAAUGGAGGCAUGUGGUGCGUUGGAUUUCGCGCAAAUGGAGAAAUGGGUGGCGAUUAAUGGGAUCCUAUUUUAAGUCUCAAAAAUAUCAUUGUCUCUAGAAAUUAAAUAAUUUUUAUAAUAAUAACAAUAAUGUUUAAAUAUUACAAGCGCUAUUUAAUGCAAUGUUCUGGCAAAUUCAAUUUCAUGAAAUUAGAUGAGGCUAUUUGAG